GGUUUCCACGUGACUCUGACGUGUUUUUACUCUCUGGAUUUCUGAGGGUGUGAAGCUUUAUAUAUACAGUCUAUGGUGUGAAGGCGUCCUCAGAUCAGAUGCAGGCAGACUCAGGACUGAAGAGGAAGAGAUUAGCAGAGUUUCCUUCUCACCUGAAGAGAGUCUCCCAUAGCAAACACCACACUCUGCUGGACCUGGACCUGGACCUGGACCUGGACCUGGACCUGGACCUGGACCUGGACCUGGACCUGGACCUGGACCUGGACCUGGACCUGGACCCAGCUCUGUGUCCAGUAACCAGCUUACUGCCAGAGACCAGAACCAGGUGGGGGCUCUGCUAUGGAUCAGUGUGAGGACAGAGAGGAGGAAGCCCCCCCCUCUAAAAGCUCUGGGGAACAUGACAGCCAGACCAAAGCUCAGAGCCCAGAGCAAAUACCUCAUUCUGCUGGAGCUGGAGCUGGAGCUGGAGCUGGAGCUGGAGCUGGAGCUGGAGCUGGAGCUGGACCCAGCUCUGUGUCCAGUAACCAGCUUACUGCCAGAGACCAGAACCAGGGAAAAAAGAUGGAGACACCUAGAAAAGUCCUAUUAAGAACUUUAGAAAGUUUGUUGGAAAAGGACUUUAAAGGAUUCAAGUGGCACCUGCAGGAGGAGGUCCUAGAACUCCCAGGAAUCCCAAAGAGUCGACUAGAGGAAGCAGACCGGAUGGACACAGUGAAUCUGAUGUUUCUGCACUACCGCAUACACACCAUUAAAGUGACCAGAGAAGUUUUGGGGGAGAUCAAUCAGAAUGAUCUAAAAGAAAAAUUAUCAAACAUCCCAUCAGACCCUACAGAUAUUCUCACUAAGUGCCAAGGUGAACUCAAAUCAAACCUGAAGAAAAAAUAUGAAAAUAUCAAAUUUAUGGAAAAAUCUGAAUCCCUACAUAAAAUCUACACGGAGAUCUACAUCACCAGGGGACACACCGGAGAGGUCAACAAGGAACAUGAGAUCAGACAGAUCGAACAAGCAUCCAGUAAACCAGGCAGAUCAGAAACACCCAUCAGACAAGAAGACCUCUUUAAAGGCUCAACUGAAAGAGGUACACCAAUCAGAGUGAUGACAAAGGGAGUGGCUGGCAUUGGGAAAACAGUCUUAACACAGAAGUUCACUCUGGACUGGGCUGAAGGCAAAGCCAACCAGGACAUCCAGUUCAUAUUUCCAUUCACCUUCAGAGAGCUGAAUGUGGUGAAAGAGAACAAGUACAGCUUGGUGGAACUUGUUCAUCACUUCUUCUCUGAAACCAGAGAGGCAGGAAUCUGCAUGUUUGAUCAGUUCCCGGUUGUGUUCAUCUUUGACGGUCUGGAUGAGUGUCGACUUCCUCUGGACUUCCACAACACUGACAUCCUGACUGAUGUCUCAGAGUCCACCUCAGUGGAUCGGCUGCUGACAAACCUCAUCAGGGGGAAGCUGCUUCCCUCUGCUUGCCUCUGGAUAACCACACGACCUGCAGCAGCCAAUCAGAUCACUGAGUGUGUGGACAUGGUGACAGAGGUCCGAGGGUUCACUGACCCACAGAAGGAGGAGUACUUCAGGAAGAGAUUCACAGAUCAGAAGCUGGCCGGCACCAUCAUCUCCCACAUCAAGACCUCACGAAGCCUCCACAUCAUGUGCCACAUCCCAGUCUUCUGCUGGAUCUCUGCUUCAGUUCUGGAGGACAUGUUGAAAACUGAGGGAGGAGAGCUGCCCAAGACCCUGACUGAGAUGUACAUCCACUUCCUGGUGGUUCAGUCCAAAGUGAACGUCAAGUAUGAUGGAGGAGCUGAGACAGAUCCACACAGGAGUCCAGAGAGCAGGAUGAAGAUGAUGGAGUCUCUGGGAAAACUGGCUUUUGAGCAGCUGCAGAAAGGCAACCUGAUCUUCUAUGAGUCCGACCUGAGAGAGUGUGGCAUCGAUAUCAGAGCAGCCUCAGUGUACUCAGGAGUGUUCACACAUGUCUUUAGAGAGGAGAGAGGAACGUACAAGAACACAGUGUUCUGCUUCGUCCAUCUGAGCGUUCAGGAGUUUCUGGCUGCUCUUCAUGUCCAUCUGACCUUCAUCAACUCUGGAGUCAACCUGCUGAAAGAAGAACCAACAAACUCCUGGCUGCCUAAAGUCUUCAGACCCAAACCUAAACUAACAGAUCUCUACCAGAGUGCUGUGGACAAGGCCUUACAGAGUCCAAACGGACACCUGGACUUGUUCCUCCGCUUCCUCCUGGGUCUUUCACUGCAGACCAAUCAGAAACUCCUACCCGACCUGCUGACGCAGACAGGAAGUAGCUCAGAGAUCAACCAGAAAACAGUGAAAUACAUCAAGAAAAAGAUAAGAAAGAACCCGUCUCCGGAGAAAAGCAUCAACCUGUUCCACUGUCUGAAUGAACUGAAUGAUCGUUCUCUAGUGGGGGAGAUCCAACAGUCCCUGAGAUCAGGAAGUCUCUCCACAGAUAAACUGUCUCCUGCUCAGUGGUCAGCUCUGGUCUUCAUCUUACUGUCAUCAGAAGAUGAUCUGGAAGAGUUUGACCUGCAGAAAUACUCAGCUUCAGAGGAGGCUCUUCUGAAGCUGCUGCCAGUGGUCAAAGCCUCCAGGAAAGCUCUGCUGAGUGGCUGCAAACUGUCAGAGAGAAGCUGUGAAGCUCUGUCCUCAGUCCUCAGCUCCCACUCUUCUAGUCUGAGAGAGCUGGACCUGAGUAACAACGACCUGCCGGAUUCAGGAGUGAAGCUGGUAUCUGCUGGACUGGAGAGUCCACACUGUGAACUGGAGACUCUCAGGUUAACUGGCUGUAACCUGUCGGAGAGAAGCUGUGAAGCUCUGUCCUCAGUCCUCAGCUCCCAGUCCUCUAGUCUGAGAGAUCUGGACCUGAGUAACAACGACCUGAAGGAUUCAGGAGUGAAGCUGCUGUCUGAUGGACUGGAGAGCCCACACUGUGAACUGGAGACUCUCAGGUUAACUGGCUGCAACCUGUCAGAGAGAAGCUGUGAAGCUCUGUCCUCAGUCCUCAGCUCCCAGUCCUCUAGUCUGAGAGAUCUGGACCUGAGUAACAACGACCUGAAGGAUUCAGGAGUGAAGCUGCUGUCUGAUGGACUGGAGAGUCCACACUGUACUCUGGAGACUCUCAGGUUAACUGGCUGCAACCUGUCGGAGAGAAGCUGUGAAGCUCUGUCCUCAGUCCUCAGCUCCCAGUCCUCUAGUCUGAGAGAGCUGGACCUGAGUAACAACGACCUGAAGGAUUCAGGAGUGAAGCUGCUGUCUGAUGGACUGGAGAGUCCACACUGUGAACUGGAGACUCUCAGGUUAACUGGCUGCAACCUGUCGGAGAGAAGCUGUGAAGCUCUGUCCUCAGUCCUCAGCUCCCAGUCCUCUAGUCUGAGAGAGCUGGACCUGAGUAACAACGACCUGAAGGAUUCAGGAGUGAAGCUGGUAUCUGCUGGACUGGAGAGUCCACACUGUGAACUGAAGACUCUCAGGUUAACUGGCUGUAACCUGUCGGAGAGAAGCUGUGAAGCUCUGUCCUCAGUCCUCAGCUCCCAGUCCUCUAGUCUGAGAGAGCUGGACCUGGGUAACAACGACCUGAAGGAUUCAGGAGUGAAGCUGGUAUCUGCUGGACUGAAGAGUCCACACUGUGAACUGGAGACUCUCAGUCUGUCCGGCUGUCUGGUCACAGAGGAAGGCUGUGUUUCUCUGGCUUCAGCUCUGAGCUCCAACCCCUCCCAUCUGAGAGAGCUGGACCUGAGCUACAAUCAUCCAGGAUACUCAGGAGAGAAGCUGCUGUCUGCUGGACGGGAGGAUCCACUCUGCAGUCUGGAGACACUCAGGCUGGACCGUGGUGGAGAGCAGAGGUUCAGAGCAGGUGUGAGGAAGUAUUCCUGUGGACUCACCCUGGACUCAAACACAGUGAGCAGAGGCCUCAAACUGUCUGAGGACAACAGGACGGUGACAUGUGUGGAGGAGAAGCAGCCAUAUCCUGAUCAUCCAGAGAGGUUUGAGUGGGCUCAGCUGAUGUGCAGAGAAGCUCUGACUGGUCGCUGUUACUGGGAGGUCGAGUGGAGAGGAGGGGUUAUUAUAGCAGUGACUUACAGAGGAAUCAGGAGGAGAGGAGGCGGAGUGGAAUGUGUGUUUGGAGAGAAUGAUCAGUCCUGGAUUCUGUACUGCUCUGAUAGAGGGUACUCUGUCUAUCACAAUAAGAGAAGAACAGACAUCUCCUCCUCCUCCUCCUCCUCCUACUCCUCCUCCUCCUCCUCCUCCUCCCCCUCCUCCUCCUCCUCUUCCUCCUCCUCCUCCUCUCGUAGAGUAGCAGUGUAUCUGGAUCAUGCUGCUGGCUCUCUCUCCUUCUACAGAGUCUCCUCCUCCUCACUGAUCCUCCUCCACACCUUCAGAGCCACAUUCACUGAACCUCUCUACGCUGGGUUUGGGUUCUGCCCUGACUCCUCAGUGUCUCUGUGUCCUCUGUGUCCUCUGUAGGAGGAGACCACUUCCUGUCCUAGGUCACAUGGUGUUUUAAAUGGAGGCUUCUCAUUGGUUACCGUGUGUCUCACUGAUUGUGUCUGUAAUAAAGUUUUCUUGAAGCAACGUAUUAAAGCUGAUCCUGAAGACUGUAGUGAUCGAUACGUUCAAUAAAGAUUUAGAACAAG